UAUGGCCAAAUUUGGCCACUAGAGGUCAGCAAUGAUAGCCACUCAUUACAUUUCCUUCUUGUUAUGGCCAAUCUUGGCCACUAGAGGUCAGAAAAGUGAAACACUGACGCCAUCAGAGUCUGAAGAAGUAAAAAAAAAAAAACUUAAAGAAAAACAUAAAAACGUCACUUUUUCUUUGUGUGGAAAGUAAGGCGUAAAGCUUCUCAGUCGUCCAUCAGCAUGCGGCAUAAUCAACUUUAAUAGUCGAGAUGUAUCAGUGGAAAACAAAAAUACACGAACUUAGCGAGGAGGCGUGCUGGGAAACGUGCAAGUUUACUCGCCUGUGGAAUCAACAACCGUGACGUUUUCCCAGACCCUCAUUGUCUCCAUGGAAGGACGAACAGUCGACGUUAAAGACACGUUUUAAAGAGCUCUGGCUGGGCCACUCUCGCUUUGAUGGAAUUACACAAGCAGCCAUAACAGACUGAGUCCACAUCAAAGACAAGACACAAUGGCUUACAGUGGGCCGAGUAUGAAUCCUCAAAGUGGUCUGAUGAACAGGAGUGGCAGCUUCUUCAAGCUGAUUGAUGCAUUUGCCCUGGAGAUCGGGGAGUUGAAGAAGGAGAUGGUCCACACCUCUCCAACAGUGGAUCAAGAGCCCAUAGACACAAAAGGACCGGAGAGCGCGGGGAGUGGCGUUUAUCUGGAAUCCCCCAAUUGUGGCGGAGUGAGGUGUGAAAGGGAUUAUGGAUAUGACUCGUUACGGAGGAGGAUGAGCGUGUUGGACAGACUGAGUAAAACCCACCCAGUUUGGCUGCUGCUUGCAAUCAGUGAAGAAGAGGCGACACACAUCCUGCUCAAACAGCCACCAGGGGUGUUCCUGGUAAGGAAGUCAAUGGCUCUGCAGAGGAAGGUCCUCUCUGUACGUGUGAAAGAGGAUCGGUCAGGAAGCUCCAUCAGCCACUUUCCUGUCAGAGAAAGCCAGUAUACAUUCUCCCUUGAUGGAUCUGGGAUCAGUUUUGCAGAUAUUUUCCGCCUGGUGGCUUUCUACUGUAUAAGCAGGGAUGUGUUGCCCUUCCCUCUCAAGCUCCCUGAGGCCAUAGCAUCUGCCAAGACCCAAAAAGACCUGGAGGAGGUGGCUCAACUUGGACCAGGCUUUUGGGACUCGGCUCUGUGCAGCCAGCCGCAGACCUCACACCCUCCCUGUCGCCCUCUGAGUCGAACCCUCAGCCCGCAGAGGACAAGCAGGGCCGGUGAGGACAAGGAGUCGCAGCCGAGCCACUGCGAAAGUGCACCACCAACGUUGCGCCCCCAUGAGAGAAGGCAUUCCAGUGGUCUUCUCUGCUUUGUCAACCCACUCUUUCUCCAGACUCGACAGCGCCACCACUGUGAAGAGAACCUAGUUCCUCCUGCUACUAAGUGCGACUCCGAGGAUGCGGGAACAGAGUCCGUGAAACCGACGAGCGGCGGUCAAGUGAACGAGAGCAAGGUGAACCGUAAUUCCCGCCCUCCUCCCCGACCCCCUCCGCCUCGCUUAAUGCCACGCCGGCGACCCGCUCCACCUCCGCCCGGACAUCCAGCGCCUAUCACCAGACCCAAAAGUAUGCCAGUGGCCGUCCCUGUGGCUCCGAGGCAGCAGCAGCAGCAGCAGGUCCGAACCAGGCGUCCGGCGCCCCCGAGACCGACAAUGGGCGGAAAACACAGCAGCCCUUUCAAAAGUGCCGGCUCACCAAUCCCCGUGCCUGCCGACCCACCCCCUCCAAGACCUACUAAGCCCGACCUGGAAGCACGCCGCUGCCACAUUGCCCUCGAUGAUGAGACCAUUGCUAAGGCCUUGUCUCAAGCCAAGCUACCGCCGUCCAUCCCUGACGAUGUUCCACCGGAGAAAAACGGAGGGAGUCCAGCCAUCCGGAACGAGAGAGGACUUCAACGGCUUAGCGACAUGAGCAUGUCCACGUCGUCCUCGGACUCUUUGGAGUAUUCACAGUCACCUGGAUAUAUGGUAGAGGACAGUAGUGAGGAGGAGGAGGAGGACGAUGAUGACGAUGACGACGGGGAAGAGGAAGUAGAAGAGGACUAUGGGGUGGGCCUGGAGGCAGACUUAGAAAUGCGUCUCCGUCCUUCCUUCAAAUCUCGGAGGCGCAGGGUGGGCGUGAGCCUGAGUGGGGGAUCAUUUAUUGUGCCUCGCGCCCUUAAGGGACGCUUCCGCAAGGUGAGCGGUAUGCUUACAUCCCUGAUGACUCCAGAGAGACGGGCGGUGAAAAAAAUAGCGGAGCUAUCCAGAGAUAAACGUUCGUACUUCGGCUCCCUGGUCCAGGACUACAUCAGCUUUGUUCAGGAGAACCGCGGCUGUCAUACGUCGGGCAUCGAUUUCUUGCAGACGCUCCGGCAGUUUAUGACGCAAAUGAAGGCGUACCUGUGCCAAAGCUCCGAGCUGGACCCUCCUAUAGAGUCCCUCAUUCCGGAAGAUCUGAUCGAUCAAGUGCUGGAAAAGUCCAUGCACAAGUGUGUGUUGAAGCCACUGAAGAGCGUCAUUGACGUGGCUUUACAUGACUUCCAGGUUAACAGUGGAGAAUGGCAGCAGAUGAAGGAGAACCUGGCUCUUGCUAAGACCAAGAGGCCCCAGGAGCUGGGGGUGGACGGUGCGGUGCCCCCGGACCCUGUGGCUAUUAAAAGAAUCCGACAUAAGUUCCUUACCAUGAGCAAGAUGUACUCACCUGAGAAAAAGGUGUCACUGCUGCUGCGUGUGUGCAAGCUCAUCUACACCAUCAUGCAGGACAACUCAGGGAGGAUGUACGGUGCUGAUGACUUCCUGCCCAUGUUGACUUACGUGGUGGCGCAGUGUGACAUGCCUCAGCUGGACACAGACAUCCAGUACAUGAUGGAGCUGCUGGAUCCUUAUCUGCUCCAAGGAGAAGGUAAACCAAAGUGCGAGACUGUCAGUAUCAGAGAACACGAAACAGCUCGCCCACAAAUGUCUGCAUGUCAUUUUUACAUCUACAUUACACAUUCGUGCUUAAAAUUGUGGGGUUCUAAUGAACUAAUUUAG